AUGCCAGACCCCGUGGAUAAAGAGCUUCAGCCUUCAGACGCCCAGGCUGCUGCUUUGCCCCCGACCAAUUUUGAGCGAUCUGCCGAUUCAGACGAGGACCGAAUUAACGAGCUGGGAGAAAAAGAUAAUGGGGAUAACUAUCGAGCUCGCCAAAUUAACGAGAAAGACGAAUCAAAAUUCGCUGAUCUUGAGGAGGUCAGAACCGGUGCAACUGAAGCUUCAACGAUUGCGCCAGUGAGAUCAGGGCCCAGACCUGAAAAGAAACCAUGGCACAAGAAACUGAACCCUCUUCGCUGGGGCUCACCACCUCCAGUCCCCGAGAAGCAAGUGAAGAGUCGAGAACACGAUGCAGGCUUCCUCAGCAAAUUGACAUUUCAAUGGAUGGGACCGUUGAUGCAUGCUGGCUACAGAAGACCCUUAGAAGAGAAUGACAUAUGGACGGUCAACCCGGAUAGAUCCGUUGAGCCGCUGACUCUAAAAAUGAAAUCGUCUUUCCAAAGACGUGUCGAAGGAGGUGAAAAGAACCCCCUAUUCUGGGCCAUGCACGAAACCUUCAAGGGGGAGUUCUGGACUGGAGGUGCAUGUGCCCUCUACACCAGCAUCAUUCAGGUUAUCAGUCCCUUUACACUUCGAUAUCUAAUUCAAUUCGCCGCCGAUGCUUACGUAGCGAACCAAACUGGCGGUCCUCCGCCUCAUAUUGGCAAGGGUAUCGGUUUGGCCGUUGGUAUCACCUUGAUGCAAAUCACCCAGAGUUUGGGAACAAACCACUACAUCUACCGAGGAAUGACAGUUGGUGGACAGACUAGAGGAGUCUUGAUUGGACUCAUCUACGAAAAGUCGCUGGUCAUUUCUGGCCGCGCCAAGGCUGAGGGUGCUUUGCAGAGCAAUGCUCCUCGGGCGAAGGACGACGCUAAGAACGAGAAAAAGCCCAAGAAGGCUAAGAAGGCAAAGCCCGACGCUUCUGAUGGCACUGGCUGGGGUAAUGGUCGUAUCACUGCUCUGCAGAGUGUUGAUACUUACCGUGUUGACCAGGCCUCAGCCCUCUUCCAUAUGGUAUGGACAUCUCCCAUUCUGUGCCUGCUCACUCUAGCACUUCUCCUCGUCAAUAUCACAUACAGCGCCCUGGCCGGUUACGGUUUGUUGGUUGUAGGAAUGCCAUUCUUGACAAAGGCGAUCCGAAGUCUGUUCCAUAGACGACGAGCCAUCAACCUAAUCACCGAUCAACGUGUUUCUCUCACCCAGGAAAUUCUGCAGUCCGUCCGCUUCGUCAAGUAUUUUGGCUGGGAGAAGGCGUUCCUCGAACGACUCGGAGACUUCAGAAACAAAGAGAUCCACGCCAUCCAGAUUUUGCUCGCCAUUCGAAACGCCCUCAACGCCGUCAGCAUGUCGCUGCCCAUCUUCGCCUCUAUGCUUUCCUUCAUCUGCUAUUCCCUGACACACAACGGACUCACAGCUGCGGAGGUCUUCUCUUCUCUAGCUUUGUUCAAUGGUCUCAGAAUCCCUUUGAACUUGCUACCAAUGGUUCUGGGUCAGGUCAUUGAUGCGUGGGGCUCCGUUCAGCGAAUCGAAGAGUUUCUGCUUCAGGAGGAGAUGGUGGAGGACAUGACAAUUGACUCUACAGGCCCCGAUGCAAUCCGACUGGAGGACGCUUCUUUCACUUGGGAGAAGUCUCACCACGAGGAGUCGGACAAGGAGAAGGCCGACAAAGCGAAGAAAAUCAAGGACAAGGACAACCCCACCCCGGCUCCCCAGACAGAAUCUUCGGGCGACGACACAAGCACCCUUGUUGAAGAGCGUGAACCUUUCAAACUGCAGGAUCUCAACUUCGACGUGAAGAGGAACGAACUCGUCGCCGUCAUCGGAUCAGUCGGCAGCGGCAAGAGUUCUCUGCUAUCUGCUCUUGCAGGAGAUAUGCGAAAGACAGAGGGCCAUGUCACCUUUGGAGCGUCCAGAGCGUUUUGUCCUCAGUACGCUUGGAUCCAGAACACCACCCUCAAGAACAACAUUGUUUUUGGUAAGGAUAUGAAUAAGAAGUGGUAUAACGAAGUCAUUCAAGCCUGUGCUCUUCAAGCUGACCUCGAUAUGCUACCUAACGGUGAUUUGACAGAAAUCGGUGAACGUGGUAUUACCAUCUCUGGAGGUCAAAAGCAACGUCUAAACAUUGCCCGAGCCAUCUACUUCGACGCCGAUAUUGUCCUUAUGGACGACCCUCUUAGUGCUGUAGACGCUCAUGUUGGUCGUCACAUUUUUGAUAACGCUAUCCUCGGACUUCUCAAGGACAAGUGCCGUAUCCUAGCCACCCAUCAGCUGUGGGUGCUCAACCGAUGUGACCGCAUCAUCUGGAUGGAGAACGGCAAGAUCCAGGCUGUAGACACCUUCGAGAACCUCAUGAGGGACCAUAAGGGUUUCCAAUCUCUUCUGGAGACCACCGCCACUGAGGAGAAGCGCGAGGAUGAGAAGAAGCCUGAUGAUGCUGAGGAGCCUACCGCGGAUGAGAAGAAAAAGAAAAAGAAGAAGGGCGCUGCUCUCAUGACCCAGGAGGAAAAGGCCAGCUCCAACGUUUCAUGGUCCGUCUACGCUGCCUAUGUCAAGGCAUCUGGCUCCAUACUGAACGCUCCGCUGGUCCUGUUCCUCCUCAUCUUAUCUCAGGGCGCCAAUAUCGUGACGAGUCUGUGGCUGUCGUACUGGACUUCCAACAAGUUCAAUCUUAAAACGGGGGAGUAUAUCGGCAUCUACGCAGCACUAGGUGUUAUACAGGCCAUUCUCAUGUUUGCCUUUUCCGUCGUCCUGUCCGUCCUCGGCACGAAAUCGAGUAAGGUCAUGCUUCGAAUCGCAGUCACUCGUGUUCUUCGAGCGCCCAUGUCUUUCUUCGAUACUACGCCCCUCGGACGGAUCACGAACCGUUUCUCGCGCGAUGUUGAUGUUAUGGACAAUACCCUCUCGGACGCACUCCGUAUGUUCCUCCUCACAAUGGGCAUGGUCAGUUCUGUCUUCAUCCUCAUCAUCGCUUUCUACUACUACUUCGUCAUUGCCCUGGUGCCCCUUUACCUGGCAUUCGUCACGGCGGCUAUAUAUUACCGCUCUUCAGCUCGAGAGGUGAAGCGUUUCGAGUCCGUUCUCAGAUCCCACGUCUUUGCCAAGUUUGGUGAGGGUCUCACCGGCGUGGCAUCUAUCCGCGCAUACGGGCUACAGGAUCGCUUCGUCAAUGAGCUGCGUGAGUCGAUCGACAACAUGAACGGCGCUUACUAUAUCACUUUCGCCAACCAGCGAUGGCUCUCGAUGAGAAUCGAUCUCAUCGGUGUACUCCUUGUCUUUGUCACUGCCAUUCUCGUUGUCACAUCACGUUUCUCUAUUGAUCCUUCAACUGGUGGUCUUGUUCUGAGUUACAUCCUCUCAAUCGUCGGCAUGAUGCAAUUCUCGGUGCGUCAGCUCGCUGAAGUCGAGAAUGCUAUGAACGCUGUCGAAAGACUCUACUACUACGGUACUGAACUUGAGGAGGAGGCUCCUUCGCAUACAGUCGAGGUGCGCAAUACAUGGCCCGAGAAGGGUGAGAUUAUCUUCGACAACGUCGAAAUGCGAUACCGAGCCGGUCUGCCGCUGGUCCUUUCAGGCUUGACAAUGCACGUCAAGGGAGGCGAGCGAAUCGGUAUCGUCGGCCGUACCGGUGCUGGAAAGAGUUCCAUCAUGAGCACCCUCUUCCGCCUGGUAGAGAUCUCAGGUGGUAAGAUCAGUAUCGACGGACUCGAUAUCUCCACCCUUGGCCUGCACGAUCUUCGAUCUCGUCUAGCCAUCAUCCCACAAGACCCUACCCUCUUCCGCGGAACUAUCCGCAGCAACCUGGAUCCUUUCAACGAACACACCGACCUCGCACUCUGGUCCGCCCUGCGCCAAGCAGAUCUCGUGCCCACAAACGCAGCCACGCCCGAAGAAGCUCGACGCACAAACGACCCUUCAGGCAUCCACCUUGACACAGCCGUUGAAGAAGACGGCCUCAACUUCUCCCUCGGCCAGCGACAGCUCAUGGCCCUUGCACGAGCUCUCGUCCGAGGCGCCCAGAUCAUUGUGUGCGACGAGGCCACCUCAUCAGUUGACAUGGAGACAGACGACAAGAUCCAGGCCACCAUGGCUGUUGGUUUCCGCGGCAAGACACUUCUAUGUAUUGCCCAUCGACUGCGCACUAUCAUCGGCUACGAUCGUAUCUGCGUCAUGGAUGCGGGACGUAUCGCUGAGCUGGACACACCCAUGGAGCUGUGGAAGCAGGGUGGUAUAUUCCGCAGUAUGUGUGACCGCAGUGGUAUCAGGGUAGAAGAUAUUCGUGGAGCGACGGAAGAAUUAGGUGGAACAGUGGAGGGGGCGAGUGAGCAGUAA